AUGAACUACCGGCUUUGGGAAGCUCUUAUACAAGAUGAUGCUGAAUCACUUCGGCAAUACCUGGCCAAUGCCACCUAUAUCGCCACCGCGACGAGAUCCUCCGGUGGCCCGCCGGGAGCGCCUGCGCUGAAGAUCGGGAGCCCUGCGUCCCUCGGAACUUCACCAAGUGUACCUCAAAAAUUCAGGAAGUCAUCAGGCAGUGCGCAGGCUACGCCUCGCGGGGGAAGGGCGGGCGGCGCAGCCUUGACAAGAGCGGAUGUGAACACGAAAGACAGCUUUGGGCGCACCUUGUUGCACCACGCCGCAUCUCAGCAUGGCGACUCAGCUCACGAAUUCGUCAAGGCACUGCUCCAAGUACCGUUCAUUGAUUUAUACGCGCAGGACUCAGAAAGUGGUUGGACUCCGCUUCAUCGUGCGUUGUAUCAGGGCAAUAUUGCCACCGCGCAAGCUUUGAUGCAGCGGGAUAUCCAAGAUGCUACGGAUUACACAACUACUGCGGCUCACACCAAUGCUGGCGGGCUUGUGAAGAUCAAAGACCAUGAAGGCAACAGCCCUUUCGAAGUGUUCCAACUGACGAUCGCUCCUCGCGUCAUACAGGCUACGCACCACGCAAUUGGCGCUGGAGAUGACGAAGAGAGCUCUCAUAGCGUAGACCUGAACGACGAUGGUGAGGACGAGCGUGGCUUGUCGAAACUAAUUGACCGCUACGCUGUCAAUCUACAGGGUGAUGAGGUUUUUACAUUCGGGAGCAAUAAGAACCUUACGCUGGGCACAGGAGACGAGGAUGACCGCCAUUUCCCAGAACGCAUACAGCUGAGGCGGCCUGACCAUCUGAUAAUACGCCUGUACCAGGAUCACCUGGCCGAGCGAGCCUCGAAAAGCCUGCCUGAAGAGGCAGGAAAGCACCAGGCAUUACCCAGCUCCGUUGCCGAGGUCCCAUCUCUGAUUGCGAACAAGCCGAUCGGAAUCCAAGACGUGAUCAUGUCCAAGUUUCACAGCGCGAUUCUCACCAACGACCCGAUCUCCAAUCUUCAUAUCUGCGGUUUUGGGGUCGGUGGUAGGCUGGGGACUGGCGACGAAAGGACUUCAUUCUCCUACAAAUGUGUCCAAGGCGGUGGCCUGGCAAAGAAACGUGUUGCGACCAUUGCUCUCGGUCAAGAUCACACCAUUGCUAUAUGCGCACAAGGUGAAGUCUUCACUUGGGGCAGCAACAGGUACGGCCAGCUUGGGUACGCAUUACCAGAAGUUUCCGCGAAAGAGGUACCGAUACAGCUCGUCCCGAGGCAACUUUACGGCUUCGUUAAGAAAGAGCUUGUCAUCGGAGCUACUGCCUCUGCUGUUCAUUCUGCAAUCUACACCACGUCUGCACUAUUCACCUUUGGUAAGAACGAAGGUCAGUUGGGGCUUAUGGAUGCCGAUGCCCGCUCGUUGAGCCAUCAAGUUACCCCUCGACGCGUUGCACCCUCUGUCUUGAACACACCGAUUGAGUCGGUGUGUGCGAUCGAUCGCGCUACUGCGGUGUUGCUGCAGAGCCAUGAUGUGAUCGUGUUCACGCACUAUGGUUACACUCGAGUGUCUUUCAGGUUGGAAGGCUUCAUGAAUUUCUUCAGCUCGGAUAGCCAAGUUCCAAGAGUCGAGCACAAUCAUAUCACAAAAGUCACUGGUGGUGGCAACGCUCUCGCGGCCAUGUCUACGCUUGGUGAGGUCUUCACUAUCGAUGUUCCGAAAGUAGCAGACUCCGUACCAUCUAGUACGUCGACAACGAACCCGUCCAAGGCACGCAAUGCCUUGCCACCAUCUAAUCGCAUCUGGUCGUUGAGAAAAGGCCAUAUGUCUGCUACAGAUGUUGCGGUUGGACAGGACGGCUCCGUCAUCCUUUGCACCAUGUCAGGAUCUGUAUGGCGAAAGGAAAAGCGCGCCAACAUCAAGUCCGUGAGGACCAGGCAGACAUCUGGCCCGAAGCCGAAAGAUUACAAGUUCGUUCGCGUGCCGAAUUUGACACGUGCAAUCGCCGUGCGCAGCAAUGCGUUCGGCGCGUUCACUGCCGUUCGGAAGGAUUGCGACGUUACAAAGGAGCAGCUUGCUGUUGAGUCGCCGGCUCUGUGGGCAAACAUGUUUCCAUUGCUUUCUUUCCACAAUUAUGGGGAGUUGCAAGAUGACUCGGUUCUUGCUAAUCCUCCUGUUAGGUUCUGGGUACCUUUGACCAAGGGGCCUGAUCCUGCACAUCUUAAAGCCGCCGUUAUCACUGCUAGUGAUGCCGAGACGGAUAUCCAACGAAUCUGCCUGGACUUUGAGCCGCUGGCGGAAUCACAAUAUAACCUCUGGAUCACCUCCAACACUACGGAUGUGCGCUUUCCCGUACAUGCUUUUGUUCUCACUGGCAGAAGCAGCGUUAUGCGCUCUGCUCUGGCACGGAUUCAACAAUCUUACUAUUUCUCCAUUCCUGAUGUACUAUCGGUCGAGUACGGAAAAGAUGGCCAGAUCCAGCUAAUGUUCCACGGCGCGGACUUCUUGACCCUGGCCAAUCUGGUACUGUACCUAUACACGGAUGAAGUCAUUGAUGUUUGGCACUAUACCUCGAAGGCUCUCGCAUCCGCGUCCAGGUAUAGAGCAGUUCGGACGGAACUUAUGAAGAUUGCUUCGGCGCUCGAUCUAGGUCAACUCGAGCGGGCUGCAAGGCUCAUGAUUGAUCCUGUGCGAAGCCUGGCUCACGACAUGGAGAAUGCUAUCAUUGACCCGGACUUCUUCUGCGACGCCGAUGUCAUGAUUGAACUCGCAAAUGAUGCGGAGCUACCAGCACACAGUGUCAUGUUGACGGCAAGGUGUCCAUUCUUCGAGGGUCUAUUCAACGGACGUGCAGGCGGGUUUUGGAUGUCUGCAAGGCGUGGUCUUGCCGAGCAGAAAGCGGAAGCCAUGCGUGUCGACCUGAAGCACAUCGACUUACAGGUCUUCCAGCUUGUAUUACGCCAUCUCUACGCUGAUACCGGCACCGAGAUUCUUGACGACGUCGUCACGGAAGAUUUCGAUGAGUUUGCGGAACUCUUACUCGAAGUCCUCUCCGUUGCGAAUGAGCUCAUGAUUGAUCGACUUUCAGAAAUUUGUCAAAGCAUCCUGGGCAAAUAUGUCAACGUUAAGAAUGUUUGUCACCUCUUGAACACGGUUUCGGAGUGCCAGGUGACGGAAUUUAAGAAUGCAGCUCUCGAAUACAUAUGCCUCAAUUUGGAGACCAUGCUUGAGCAACGACUCCUAGAGGAUCUCGAACCAGAGCUCCUGAGCGAGCUGGAUGAGGUCGUGCAGCAAAACCAGCUUGCUUACCUACCGUUUGCCCGCAGCAAUCGGGCUCAGAACGAACUCCUUGACCGCUAUCCAGAGCUCAUCGAGCGGCUUGAGGAAGGCAAGCGUCGCCGAAUAGAUGCAAUGCGUCUUCGGUCGUCUCUUGCAGCUGCACAACAGCGUGAGGAGGCGAUGUACAAGUUCAAGGUGGGCAGCGUGGAGAGAUAUGGAAGCUCGCCGAUGCUGGCACGCAAACAUAGUGGUGUCGACAGCAGUGAGACCACGCCAGAACCCAGCCCUGCAAUUCCUGCUAAAGAUGGUGGCGAUGACCUUCCAUUUGACAUGGACGAAGAUGGGCCCCUUGGAUCGCCGUCUCUGCCUGCUCAACCACUCUCACCUAGACUAGAGCCACCGAGACGCCGCACUCAAGCUUCACUGGCCAGCAGUAUGGGAAUGUCGCCUGAAAUGGGCUUGAGCCUUGAUGACGGCGGUCCGCUAACGGCAGGACGGCCUGUAUUCGAUGCCACAUCUCCACCAUCUGGCGGCAAGCUGGCCUCGACAUCCUCCAAAGUACCAUGGCAGACACCUUCUCCCGUCUCAAACCGCAUCAAUCUGAGGGACAUUAUGAGUGAGACACCUAGGAGCCGUGUCUCUAGCCUGACCCAGUCACUGGCCAAAGCUGAAACCUUGCCUGCGAAACCUCCCCAAAAAAUGUCCCAAAAGGAACGCAAGAAGCAACAGCAGCAAGCCAAGCAACUGGAAGCGGAAGCGCCCAAGUCGAACGAUGUCUUAGCUAGUACACAGAAGCCAAGUUCGCCCUGGCAGAAUGUUCGCAAAGCCAGUGGAAGGGUUGAAAGUCCCAAGUCUCAGCAGACACAAGUUCCCGCCAGACCCGCAAUGACGAUGAGACAGACCGUUUCAGGCGCCUCUCCCAGCAACAGGAAGCCUGAUACACCAAGUCUUGGCAGCGUCUCGGUAAGCAAGCUGGCUCAGCCGGUGAUACAGUCAAUUCGACAUACACCUGCUCGGUCAUCUACGACAGGCUCAGUCGAUGCGCAUACGUCCAUGGCGGACAUUUUGGCCCAGCAGCAAGGGGAGAAAACAGCUAUCAAAGAAGCAGUUGCCAAGCGCUCUCUGCAGGACAUUCAACAAGAGCAGGAGUUUCAAGCAUGGUGGGACAGUGAAAGUCGACGAGUGCAGGAAGAAGAGGCGCAGGCCUCCGCUGCCACAGGUCGUCGCGGCAAAGGCGGCCGUGGACGUGGAGCGCGACGGGCCGGUGGAAGAGGGGGUGGCAGUGCGAAAACCAUCAGUGAUGAGCAACAACAAGUCCCCAAAGUCCAGCCGCAGGAUGGGGGUUUGCGGCAUCCGCAGCAGGAGAAUGUUAAAGGAGGCGGUGCCCAGCGAGAACGUGGUCGAGGCCGGGAGCGUGGCCAGUGA